AUGCGGUUUACUUCAGCUCCAUCAUAUAGGAUAAUACUAUUCGCAAUCCAUGCGAGCACAUACGACAUCAAAGGUGACGUCCUAGCGGAGGAUUCCCACCAUAACUGGAAAGACGAUCUUGCGCGCGAACCGACAGCGGAGGAAUACCUACAACACGGAGAACCAUUACCAGCCAUUGCAGCCUCCGUUACCACCGUACGUGAUGAACAAAGCUAUAUCGUGAAAAUAGACUGUUCCAAAUGUCCUUCACGGGUACGAACUGGCUGGCAGGGAGAUGAUAUGA